CUUGGCUGGGGGGGGGGGGGAUGCCGGGUGCUCUAUUGGCACCGGGGGGGUGUAAGUGGGGCAGGAUGCGGCCCGCACGCCGGGAUGGCCGGGGGAGGGGGGGGGGCUGGUGGCCUGGGGGGGGGGGUGUCUGUCCGUCCGUCCCCCCCCCCAAGUCGCCUGGGUGUCCCCCCCCCCCCGGUCCCCGGGUGCCCAGGCCGCGGGAGGAGGCAGGAUGCCGGCCGGAACUCCGGUUGCCAGGGCGACGCUCUGGGCUCCGUCGCCAUGCCCCACCAUGGCGCACCCCCUCCCCCGCACCCCGUAGCCCCCCCCAUCCCCCCGCCGCCCCCCCCUGCCCCCCCUCCCCACCCCCCCACCCCCCCGCCAUGCCGCCCCCGCCGUUGGCGCUGGCCCUGGCCCUGGCGCUCUGGGCCCCCCCCGGUGCCCCCCAACCUCCGCCGCCCCCCCAGGCCGCCGCCGCUGGGGACCCCCCCCCGGACCCCCGUUUCCCGGUGGUUCCCACCCAAUACGGCCGUUUGCGGGGGGCUCGCCGGGAUCUCAGCAACGAACUUUUAGGGCCGGUUCAAGCUUUUUUGGGGGUCCCCUACGCCGCUCCCCCUUUGGGUCCUCGACGUUGGGCCCCUCCCGAAGCGCCGGCCGCUUGGGGGGGGGUGCGGGACGCCACCGCCUUCGCCCCCGCCUGCCCCCAAAAUCUACGGGGGGGGCCACCCCCCCUCAUGUUGCCCCUCUGGCUCAGCGACAACCUGGAGGCCGCCGGCGCCUACGUGGCGGCGCAGAGCGAGGACUGUCUGUACCUCAACCUCUACGUCCCCACCGAGGACGGUUUGCUCGCGAAAAAGCGCGAGGACGGCGCGGCCGGCGGCCCCCCCCCGGACGCAGACAUCCGGGACAGCGGGAAGAAGCCAGUGAUGCUCUUCCUCCACGGCGGCUCCUACAUGGAGGGGACGGGCAACAUGUUCGAUGGCAGCGUGUUGGCGGCCUACGGCAACGUCAUCGUCGUCACCAUGAACUACCGCCUGGGCGUCCUCGGCUUCCUGAGCACGGGGGACCAGGCGGCAAAGGGCAACUACGGGCUCCUGGACCAGAUCCAGGCGCUGCGGUGGCUCAACGAGAACGUGGGGCACUUUGGGGGUGACCCUCAGCGCAUCACCAUCUUCGGCUCUGGUGCCGGUGCCGCCUGUGUCAGCCUCCUCAUCCUUUCCCACCACUCCGAAGGUCUCUUCCAGAAGGCCAUUGCGCAGAGCGGGACGGCCAUCUCCAGCUGGUCGGUGAACUACCAGCCGCUGAAGUACACGCGGUUGCUGGCGGCCAAGGUGGGCUGCGAACGGGCGGACACGGGGGCGGCGGUGGAGUGCCUGCGGCGUCAACCCUUCCGCGCCUUGGUGGACCAGGACGUCCAACCCGCCCGCUACCACGUGGCCUUCGGGCCAGUGGUGGACGGCGACGUGGUGCCCGACGACCCCGAGAUCCUGAUGCAACAGGGCGAGUUCCUCAACUACGACAUCCUCAUCGGCGUCAACCAGGGCGAGGGGUUGAAGUUCGUGGAGGACUCGCUGGAGAGCGAGGACGGCAUCUCCGCCUCCUACUUCGACUUCACUGUCUCCAACUUCGUGGACAACCUCUACGGUUACCCCGAGGGGAAGGACAUCCUACGGGAGACCAUCAAGUUCAUGUACACGGAUUGGGCCGACCGGGACAACGGGGAGAUGAGGCGUAAGACGUUGCUGGCCCUCUUCACCGACCACCAAUGGGUGGCCCCGGCGGUGGCCACGGCCAAGCUCCACGCCGAGUAUCAGUCGCCCGUCUACUUCUACACCUUCUACCACCACUGCCAGACGGACGCGCGGCCUGAGUGGGCGGACGCGGCCCACGGGGAUGAGAUCCCCUACGUCUUCGGGGUGCCCAUGGUGGGCGCCACCGACCUCUUUCCCUGCAACUUCUCCAAGAACGACGUGAUGCUCAGCGCCGUCGUGAUGACCUACUGGACCAACUUCGCCAAGACUGGGGACCCCAACCAGCCGGUGCCGCAGGACACCAAGUUCAUCCACACGAAGCCCAACCGCUUCGAGGAGGUGGUGUGGACCCGCUUCGACGGGAAGGACAAGCGCUACCUCCACAUCGGCCUCAAGCCCCGCGUCCGCGACCACUACCGGGCCAACAAGGUGGCCUUCUGGCUGGAGCUCGUCCCCCACCUCCACAACCUCCACCAGCUCCCCCACGCUUCCACCACCACCCGUUUGCCCCCACCGGCCGGCGCCGGACCCCCUCGUCGUCCUCCCGCCACCCGUCGCCCUCCCGUUCCUUCGCCACCGCCCCCCGAGGAAGAGGAGGAACCCGACGGGGGGGGUCGCCGACGUUUCGCCCCCUUCCCCGGGGACUCGCGGGACUAUUCCACCGAGCUGAGCGUCACCGUGGCGGUGGGGGCGUCCCUCCUCUUCCUCAACAUCCUGGCCUUCGCCGCCCUCUACUACAAGCGGGACAAGCGCCCCCCCGAAGGACGGGGGGGUCCCCGACGUCUCAGCCCCCCCCCGACCCGGGGGGCACCCAACGAUCUCUUGGGUCACGGGGGGGCGGAGGAGGAGUUGGUCUCGCUGCAGUUGAAACAUCCCGAAAGGGGGGUGGGGGUAGGGGGGGGUGGGGACCCCCCCGAAACAGCCCUACGCCCCCCCGCCGGACCCCCGGACUACACCUUGGCUUUGCGACGAGCGCCCGAGGACGUCCCGCUCAUGACACCCAACACCAUCACCAUGGUGCCGGGGGGGUUGCCCACCCUGCACCCCUUCGGACCCCCCUUCCCCCCCGGCCACAACAGCACCCUGCCCCACCCCCACUCCACCACCCGCGUAUAGUUGGCUCAGCUUCAACCCCCACCCCACCCCACCCCCCCCCCCGGAUAUCGGGGUGUCGUCGUCGUCCCCCCCUCCGCCCCCCCAACACCCCGAACAAACUCCUCGCGUGGGGAGGAGAAGGGGGGUGGGGAGUGGGGGUGGGGACCCCCACCCGGACGCCUGGGUGUCGUCCCCUCCCCCCCCCCACGGGUGUGUGGGGUGACCCCCCCCCUCCCCCGCCCC